AUGGCCAUCUCGAAGAAGGCAGGCGCCAAAAAGGCAGGCGCGGCUUCCAAGCCACCGCCCUCCAAAUCAGGGGGAGCACCCUCCAAAGGUGGUGUCGCGAAAGCGGAUUGGCGAGAAGGCUUCAAAAAGGCACAAGCGGGUGUCUCCGACAUGACGUUGCUCUCCAAGGUUACCAACGAAGCCAUCAACGAGAAUCUCCAGAAACGUUUCCAAAAUGCAGAGAUCUACACGUACAUUGGCAACGUGCUCAUCUCGGUCAACCCCUUCCGCAAUCUGGGCAUCUACACCGAAGACAUCCUCCAGUCCUAUCGCGGCAAGAAUCGUCUCGAGAUGACACCGCACGUCUUUGCCAUCGCAGAAGGUGCCUACUACAACAUGAACGCCUACAAGGAAAACCAGUGCGUCAUCAUCUCGGGUGAAUCCGGUGCCGGCAAGACCGAAGCCGCCAAGCGCAUCAUGCAGUACAUUGCCGCCGUCAGCGGUGGUUCCAACAGCGGCAUCCAGGAUGUCAAGGAUAUGGUGCUCGCCACCAACCCGCUCCUCGAAAGUUUCGGGUGUGCCAAGACGCUCAGGAACAACAACUCGUCCCGUCACGGCAAGUACCUCGAGAUCAUGUUCAACUCGCACGGCGAACCGAUCGGUGCCAACAUCACCAACUACCUCCUCGAAAAGAACCGUGUCGUUCAGCAGAUCCGCGAUGAGCGCAACUUCCACAUCUUCUAUCAAUUCACCAAAGCCGCCUCCGCAGCCCAUCGCGAAAAUUACGGCAUCCAAGGCCCCGAAGCGUACGCUUACACCGCCAACAGCCAGUGUCUCGACGUCAACGGCAUCGACGACCACGCCGACUACAGGGAAACCAUCAGCGCCAUGAACACCAUCGGGCUCACUGCCGACGAGCAGGACAACAUCUUCCGCAUGAUCGCCGCCAUUCUCUGGAUCGGCAACGUCCAGUACGUCGAGAAUCAGGAAGGCAAUGCAGAGAUCGCGGACCCAGGCGUGCCAGACUUUGUCGCCUAUCUCCUCGAAGUCGACGCGGACAAAGUCACCAAGGCCUUGACCCAACGCAUCAUGGAGACACAGCGUGGUGGCAGGCGAGGCUCCGUUUACGAGGUGCCCCUCAACCCCACCCAAGCCGCUGCUACUCGCGAUGCCCUCGCCAAGGCCAUCUACAACAACAUGUUUGACUGGAUCGUCGACCGCAUCAACCAAUCCAUGAAUCCGAGAGAGCAGAGUGCCAACGUCAUUGGUGUGCUGGACAUUUACGGUUUCGAGAUCUUCGACAAUAACUCAUUCGAGCAGCUCUGCAUCAACUACGUCAACGAGAAGCUCCAGCAGAUCUUCAUCGAACUUACUCUCAAAAAGGAACAGGAGGAGUACGCCUAUGAACAGAUUCAGUGGACGCCGAUCAAGUACUUCAACAACAAGAUCGUGUGCGACCUGAUCGAGGAGAAGCGUCCUCCAGGCAUCUUUUCCGCUCUCAACGAUGCUUGUGCGACUGCCCACGCCGACCCCACCGCCGCCGACAACUCGUUCAUCCAGCGUACCGGCAUGCUCUCGUCCAACCCGCACUUUGACUCGCGCGGCACCAAGUUUCUCAUCAAGCACUAUGCCGGCGAUGUCAUGUACAACGUCCAAGGCAUGACUGACAAGAACAAGGACUCGCUGCUCAAGGAUAUCCUCGACCUCGUCGACUCGAGCGCCAACUCGUACCUCCAAAAGCUCUUCCCCGACCGCCCGGACCCCAACAGUAAGAAGCGUCCUCCCACCGCGGGUGACCGCAUCAAGGCCAGCGCCAACGCUUUGGUCGAGAACCUGAUGCGUGCACAGCCGUCGUACAUCCGUACUAUCAAGCCCAAUCAGAACAAGAGCCCCAGCGAGUACGACAAUCAGGCUAUCCUCCAUCAGAUCAAGUACCUCGGUCUGCAGGAAAACAUCCGCGUGCGACGUGCUGGUUUCGCGUACAGGAACACCUUCGAAAAGAUGGUGGAACGUUUCCAUCUCUUGUCACCCAACACGUCCUACGCAGGCGAGUACACUUGGCAAGGCGAUGCGCGCAGCGGUUGCGAGCGAAUCUUGACGGACACGGGCAUUGCACGCGAAGAGUGGCAGAUGGGCGUCACCAAGGCCUUCAUCAAGAACCCCGAAACGCUGUUUGCGCUCGAGACCAUGCGCGAUCGAUACUGGCACAACAUGGCCAUGCGUAUCCAGCGCGCUUACCGCAACUACCUCCGCUACAAGGAAGAGUGCGCCCGACGCAUCCAGCGCAUGUGGAAGAACAACAAGGAAGGUCUGCAGUACAUCCAGCUCAGAGAUUAUGGGCACCAGGUGCUCGCCGGUCGCAAAGAGCGCAGAAGAUUCAGUCUGCUCGGCUCGCGUCGCUUCAUGGGUGACUAUCUCGAUGUCGGCGGAUCCAACGGCAAAGGCGGAGGAAGCGCCGAGGGGCAGAUGCUCCGACAAGCCUCAGGCAUGGCUCCUGGGGAGACCGUGGCGUUCAGCAGCCGCAUCCAGCUGCUCGUUUCGCGUCUUGGCCGUUCGAGCGUUCGCAGUCCGCGAUUCCUCAUCUUGACCGAUAAAGCAAUUUACAUCCUGGUCACACAGCUCGUCAACAAGCAGGUGUCGACGACGACCGAGAGACGGAUCAACCUUGGCUCCAUCUCGGCCGUGGGCCUGUCCAACUUGCGCGAUGAUUGGGUGGUGCUCAACGUCAGUAAUAGCGAAGAGGCAGAUCCCAUCUUCUCGUGCUACUUCAAGACGGAGCUGGUGACGCAUCUGUUGCAGAGGACCAACGGUGCGCUCAACGUUAUCAUUUCGAACAGUCUCGAGUACUCCAAGAAGAAGGGCAAAAAGGCGCAGAUCACUUUCAAGAAGGACGAGAUGGUCAAGAAGGACGAUGUUUAUAAGAGCAGUGCCGUCUCUGUGUGCUCUGGUGAACCCGCCAACAGCGUUUCGAGGCCUGCACCGAAAAAGAAGCCGGGUCUGGUUCGUCCCAUUACGCAGGGCAAGUUGUUGCGCGCUGGUGGUCCGUCCAACGCCAACAACAAGCCCAAGCCACGUGCUAUUCCGCGAUCGACUCCUACUCCAGCCAAGCUUCCUGGUGCGGCUGCAACAAGUGCUGCUGCUCGUCCCGCUGCAGCUAUCGCGAGUGCUGCCGGAGGUGCCGGUGCGGGUCGUGCUGCUCCCCCACCUCCGCCACCACCUCCCGCAGCCGCAGCUCCGCCACCUGCUGAACCUCAGGUGCCUCGCUACAAGGCGCUCUACGCGUUCGCCACCGAAAACGCCGGUGAGAUGGCGCUGGAGAAGGACGACGUGGUGGAAGUGACGCAAAAGGACGAGACGGGCUCGGGCUGGUGGUUGGUCAAGAAGAAUGGCAUCGAGGGCUGGGCGCCUUCCAACUAUCUCGAGCUGAUCCCGCAGGCACCGCCCAAACCCAAAGCGGCACCCGCGCUGCCUGUCAAGCGUGCACCCCCCGCUGCUCCUGCCGCAGCUUCUACAACGACGACGACAAGCAGCCGACCAGCUGUCGCUGCCAAGCCGGUGAUGCAGCCCAAGCCGGCAGUCAGGACGACGCCUGCGGGUGGCAAGCCGCAUGAACGCCCUGCUGCAGUUCAGGCUGAUGCGAGUGCUGCUCCCGUAUCCGUGAUGCCUGGGCUGGGUGCGCCUGGUGGAUUUGCGGCAGUGCUGGCCAAGAAGAAGGCGGAAAACGCUGCUGCUGCCGCUGCGGGUAAUGGUCACAGUGGUGGCAGCAAUGGCGCACCAACUGCGGCGCCGGCUAUUGCGGCUAGACCGGCUGUGGCGCCGAAGCCGGCUGGGGCAGCGAAUGGAAGGGCCAUGCCUCCGCCUCCGCCUCGUCGUUGA